UCGUAGCAAACUAGCCCCACCACUAACUAUAACCGUGCCAUACCGUGUCGUAUUGCUUCUUGACCAUCGGAAGAGUCAAGAGCAAGCAUCUAAGUCAUAAUUUUCCAUUCGAGGAUGACCGCGAUGCUGUCCAACUGUUCGCGGUUUGUGCCUCGUGUAAUAACAAGACUUAGUAUAUCACAAACGAAGGUUGUGAGAUCUUUAUAUAGUCAAGGGCACAUUCUAUUUAUCCACACCCAACAUGUGGUCAACAAGAACUCACGAAUAUAUACAAAAUAUAAGAAAUUUCACUGUUGGAUAGACCAGGCAAGACAUAUUCAUUCAACAUCUUCAUUAUGGGAAAUAAAGGAAGUUGUAGUACCACCAUUUGCGGAAAGUGUAAGUGAGGGGGAUGUCAGAUGGGAUAAGAAAGUUGGUGAUCAAGUUAAAGAAGAUGAUGUCUUAUGUGAAAUUGAAACUGAUAAGACUUCAGUUCCUGUACCAUCACCAGCUUCUGGUGUAGUGAAAGAGGUAUUUGCCAAAGAUGGUGAAACAGUAAAGCCAGGACAGAAACUAUGUUCCAUUGAUGUUGGCGCAGUUGGAGCAGCACCAGCUGAAAAACCAGUUGAGAAACCAGCUGAAAAGGCUCCAAGUCCUCCGCCUGCACCUAGUACAGCAGCACCACCGCCGCCUCCACCGCCACCACCACCACCACCACCACCACCUUCAGCAGCUGUACCACCACCUUCAGCAGCUAUACCACCACCAGCUGCACGACCUCCAACUCCACAAGCACCAGCAGCAUCCAUGCCAGUUGCUGCAAUUAAACAUGCUCAAUCAUUGGAAGGUGCAAAGGUACAACUGCCUCCUGCUGAUUAUACACGUGAAAUACUUGGCACCAGAACAGAACAACGGGUAAAGAUGAACAGGAUGCGAAUACGUAUUGCAGAACGAUUAAAAGAUGCUCAAAAUACAAACGCCAUGUUAACUACAUUUAAUGAGAUCGAUAUGAGCCGCAUUAUGGAAUUCCGUAAAAUGCACCAAGAAAAUUUUACAAAGAAAUAUGGUUUGAAGCUGGGAUUUAUGAGUCCAUUUAUUGCAGCGAGUACCUAUGCUUUAAAAGAUCAACCAGUAGUAAAUGCUGUAAUAGAUGGCACUGACAUAGUUUAUAGAGACUAUGUCGAUAUUAGUGUUGCAGUUGCAACACCAAAGGGUCUUGUUGUCCCAGUUCUUCGUAGUGUAGAAAACAAGAAUUUUGCAGAAAUUGAAAUUGCUUUGGCAGCUUUAGGCGAUAAAGCAAGAAAAGGCAAAAUAUCCGUUGAAGAUAUGGACGGUGGUACAUUCACGAUAAGUAACGGCGGUGUAUUUGGUUCUCUGUUGGGUACACCCAUUAUUAAUCCACCACAAAGUGCAAUUCUUGGGAUGCACGGAGUAUUCGACAGGCCCGUUGCAGUAAAGGGCGAGAUUAAAAUUCGUCCAAUGAUGUAUGUGGCUUUAACAUAUGAUCAUCGAUUAAUUGACGGGCGUGAGGCUGUGAUGUUCUUAAGAAAAAUCAAGGACGCUGUGGAAGACCCUAGAAUUAUUUUAGCUGGCAUUUAAGCCCCAUAAAUAUUUUCAUUGAAUCGCUUCAAACACGCCUCACAUCAUGUUCAGAGCAUUUUAUACACGUUGUAUUAUAUUCUGUUCAUCGAGGAUUUUACUCAAAACUACAUAUUCUCAAAUACUUACUAAUCAUUGUGAUAAACGAAAGUAAAAGAAGAAAAAUAUUACUCGAACAAGAGAACAUAAUGUAUUAUUAUCUGAAAGACUUUAUGUUAUUAUCAAAGUAUUAUUUCAAUUUAUUUUUUGUCUUAAUAUACAGCAGCGUAAAUCGAUUUUUCUACAACGUAUAAUACAAUUGCUACAUUAUAACGUUUUUAAAUUCUAACUAAUGCUUAAUUUAAGAAAAUUCUUAUUGACAUGAAAAAAAGAAACAUAUUUUAGUAUCUAUGUGACUCAAACACAAAAUGCAUUAUAUAGUAAUUGAAAGGAAGAAAGCAAAUUAAAUCCUGCAAAAUGUUUAAAACAUUUUACUUGAAAGAAGCAUACAUUUCUAUUGUAUAAUUGGUUCGAUAUAAUUUAAUUAUAUCUCUUUGUAACUUUCUAUAUUGUUAUUCAACGCAUUUUUUGUAAAAAUUGUACACAGAUCAUUAAGUUUUUAAGACAACCACGUGUAAGAAGUAUUUUACUAUUUUUAAUUGCUCUUAUUUUUAUUUUGAUGGCUUUGAACGAGAUGUUAUAAAGAAGCGAUAAUUAAAGAGCUAGAGGGAGAUACUUUAUUACAAAAAUAAAUGUAUCCAAGUAUUAAAAUAAAAUUUCACGAAUCUA